GUCUCGAGGUUUAUAGAGAGAGAAAAUAAAACUCGAAACCAAGUGAAAAGAAAAAAAAAAAAAAAAGGAAAAUCAAAAAAGGGUAAGUUCUCCCUCCGUAAAAUUUUCCCGGAAAAUCUCUCUGAUUGUUUGUUGUCGCUUCGGUUGGGGGACUGCACGAUCUGAACUAGGGUUUUCAAGUCUCGAAUAGUUAUUGAAUUUUGAAUUCGUGGAAGUGGAUUCGAAAUGGUGAUUAGAGAUGCGAAUUCGCUUCGAUUCUAGCUCCGAUCUUGAAACUAGGGCUCAAAUUGUUACGGGAAGGCAAUGGAUGUGGAUUCAACAAUGGUGUCAGAGAACGAUCACGAUCAGAACCUUGGUGGUGCGACGCAAUCUCCUGCGCUGAUGGAGAGGGAGCAGCAGCUAGACAACCAGCAGUCGUCUGCAGGGACUGGUGGAUCUUCCGGUGCCGUAUCGCAUCCUCCUGCUCAGCAGCAGCCUGCGGCCGUGCAGGUGCAACAGCAGACACAGGUGGUAGGGCCGAGGUGUGCUCCUACAUAUUCUGUCGUUAAUGCUAUAACAGAGAAGAAAGAGGACGGUCCGGGGCCGAGGUGUGGGCAUACGCUCACGGCUGUGGCGGCUGUUGGGGAGGAAGGCACACCAGGAUUCAUUGGACCACGGUUGAUUCUGUUUGGCGGUGCCACUGCACUUGAGGGCAAUUCUGCUGCUUCAGGAACUCCUUCGUCAGCUGGAAGUGCUGGAAUUAGACUAGCAGGUGCUACCGCUGAUGUUCAUUGUUAUGAUGUAUUAACCAAUAAAUGGUCUAGGAUCACACCCUUUGGAGAUCCACCCACACCAAGGGCUGCACAUGUAGCAACUGCUGUGGGAACUAUGGUAGUUAUUCAGGGUGGAAUUGGACCAGCUGGUCUGUCUGCUGAGGAUCUUCAUGUUCUCGACCUCACCCAGCAACGUCCUCGGUGGCAUAGGGUGGUUGUUCAAGGUCCUGGACCAGGGCCACGCUAUGGACAUGUGAUGGCGUUGGUUGGGCAGAGGUAUCUCAUGGCAAUUGGUGGGAAUGAUGGAAAGCGGCCUUUGGCUGAUGUAUGGGCCCUGGACACAGCUGCCAAGCCAUAUGAAUGGCGUAAAUUGGAACCAGAAGGCGAAGGUCCACCCCCUUGCAUGUAUGCCACUGCAAGUGCACGUUCUGAUGGUCUUCUUCUGCUUUGUGGAGGGAGGGAUGCAAAUAGUGUGCCAUUGGCAAGUGCAUAUGGACUUGCAAAACACAGGGAUGGUCGUUGGGAGUGGGCUAUUGCUCCGGGUGUCUCCCCGUCACCAAGAUAUCAACAUGCAGCAGUCUUUGUCAAUGCACGCCUUCACGUAUCUGGCGGGGCACUGGGGGGUGGACGCAUGGUGGAAGACUCAUCGAGUGUUGCAGUGUUGGAUACUGCAGCUGGAGUUUGGUGUGAUACAAAAUCUGUUGUUACUAGUCCAAGGACAGGAAGAUAUAGUGCUGAUGCUGCUGGUGGAGAUGCUUCAGUUGAGUUGACGAGGCGUUGCAGGCAUGCAGCUGCCGCUGUUGGUGACUUAAUAUUUAUUUAUGGUGGUUUACGUGGUGGAGUGUUGCUCGAUGACCUCCUUGUUGCUGAAGAUCUAGCUGCUGCUGAGACAACGUCUGCAGCUUCUCAUGCUGCUGCUGCAGCUGCUGCAUCUAAUUUACAGGCAGGGCGAAUACCUGGAAGGUAUGGAUUUGUUGAUGACAGAACGAGGCAACCCCUAUAUGAAGCAGUUUCAGAUGGUGCAGUUGUGUUGGGUAAUCCAGUUGCACCCCCUGUUAAUGGGGACAUGUAUACAGAUAUAAGCACCGAAAAUGCUAUGCUCCAAGGAACCCGGCGAACGGCCAAAGGUGUUGAGUCUUUGGUUGAGGCAUCAGCUGCAGAGGCUGAAGCUAUUAGUGCCACAUUGGCUGCUCUCAAGGCACGGCAAGUUAAUGGCGAACUGGAACUGCCAGAUAGGGAUGGUGGAGCAGAGGCUACGCCUAGUGGGAAACAAAUGUCUACCUUGAUUAAGCUGCCUGAUUCUGCUGGAUCAAAUAAUGUUGCUACAGCUGGAGUUAGGCUGCAUCACAGAGCUGUUGUAGUAGCUGCAGAGACUGGUGGGGCUCUAGGUGGCAUGGUCAGACAACUUUCAAUUGAUCAGUUUGAAAAUGAAGGCAGACGGGUUAGCUAUGGGACACCUGAGAGUGCAACCGCAGCAAGGAAACUAUUAGAUCGGCAGAUGUCCAUCAAUAGUGUGCCAAAAAGUGUAAUUGCACAUCUUUUGAAGCCUCGUGGUUGGAAGCCUCCAGUUCGCCGGCAGUUUUUCUUAGAUUGCAAUGAAAUAGCAGAUCUUUGUGACAAUGCUGAGCGAAUAUUUUCAAGUGAACCAACUGUUUUACAGCUUAAAGCUCCUAUUAAAAUAUUUGGUGAUCUACAUGGACAAUUUGGGGAUCUCAUGCGCCUUUUUGACGAGUAUGGUGCACCUUCAACAGCUGGGGACAUAGCAUAUAUUGAUUAUCUCUUCCUAGGAGAUUAUGUGGACCGGGGCCAACACAGCUUGGAGACCAUUACUCUCCUGCUUGCUUUGAAGGUUGAAUAUCCUCAUAAUGUACAUUUAAUCCGCGGAAACCAUGAAGCCGCUGAUAUAAAUGCACUUUUUGGCUUCCGAAUUGAGUGUAUAGAACGCAUGGGUGAGAGAGAUGGAAUAUGGGCAUGGCAUCGGAUAAACCGUCUGUUUAAUUGGCUUCCUCUGGCUGCUCUAAUUGAAAAGAAGAUCAUUUGUAUGCAUGGUGGUAUUGGUCGGUCAAUAAAUCAUGUGGAACAGAUUGAGAAUAUACAGCGGCCUAUUACAAUGGAAGCAGGAUCAAUUGUACUUAUGGAUUUAUUAUGGUCUGAUCCAACAGAAAACGAUAGUGUAGAAGGGUUGCGGCCAAAUGCUAGAGGACCAGGGUUGGUUACAUUUGGGCCUGAUCGUGUUAUGGAAUUCUGCAAUAACAAUGAUCUUCAAUUGAUUGUCCGUGCCCAUGAAUGUGUGAUGGAUGGCUUUGAGCGUUUUGCACAGGGACAUCUUAUCACACUUUUCUCAGCUACCAAUUAUUGUGGCACAGCGAAUAAUGCUGGUGCAAUCUUAGUUUUGGGUAGAGAUCUUGUGGUGGUGCCUAAACUCAUUCAUCCUCUUCCUCCAGCAAUUUCAUCACCAGAAGCAUCCCCAGAACAUCACACAGAGGAUACAUGGAUGCAGGAACUGAAUGCAAAUAGGCCUCCUACGCCUACUAGAGGCCGUCCUCAAGUAACAAAUGACAAGGGCUCUCUUGCUUGGAUUUGAUAGAUUCUGCUAAUUCCUACAUAAUCAUUCUAGGCACAUGCUACCACCGGGGAUUUCUGGUGCUGUAUAGAGCAGGAUGCCUUACACUGGAAUUUCCGAACUUGUUCUUUCUUGUUCUUAAGGCUUUUUGACAUUUUGCUUGUCGCCAGUUUUGUUUUACCACACGGUAAGCCUUGAGAUGAUGAAGAUACAAGUUCGAGAUCAGGAUGCAGGAGGCGGAUAGGCUUACUUUGAUCAUGUGCUAGAAGUUGCAUUUUGGGAUGUGGACCCUUUGUAAAUGAAGCCAUGGGCAGGUAGGAGCGUAGUUUGUGGUGGUUUCUUCCAAUGGGGUUGGUAGGGAUGGGUAUUCUUCUCAUUAGUUGUUUCAUAAUUUUUCAUAUUUCUCGUCUUAGGUCUACUAUUUUUUCACUUUCAAGAGGACGGGAGGUCCCUUACAUGUAAUGGUGAGAUAUAUGAUGUCAAAAUCUUUCUGGGCGUCCUUGUAUCAUAGAGGUGUUGAUUUGUGUAAUUCUCAAGUCUGCAUAUUUGUACAAUGUAAUGUUUGUGUGAAGAUAAAAACAACUUUUUUUC